ACUGGAAGGGAUGAGAGUCCAAAGUCUCCCGGAAGAAGCAAAGAGCAUCAGCCUGUGUGCAGACCUGACAGAAAUUCUUCUGAUUCUUGGGGCAGGGAAAGAAAUUGAGAAGAAUGUACAAUCCAAAUAUUCCAGGUCAGCCUGGUUACCCUUCAAAUCCUGCAUACCCACCGACCGGUAAUCCAGGUUACCCAGCAGGCCAAUACCCUGCUCCUGGACAACCUGUAUAUCCACCUGGACAAGCAGUGUACCCACCUGGGCAGACUGUCUAUCCCCCAGGUCAACCUGGAUACCCUGGACCUAAUCCAGCAUAUCCAGGAUGCCCACCACCCUCUGGUGUCUACCCACCUGGAAUGAAUCCCAUGAUGCCUGGAAUGCCGUACCCGCCUGGGCAUGUCAUGGACAAAAAGAUGAGAAAAAAGAUGAAGAAGGCACACAAGAAAGCCCAUAAGCAGCAUGGUUAUGGAAGGCGGUCAUCCUCCUCCUCCUCCUCCAGUAGCGACUAAACUAGCUUCGUAGCCAUUUGAAAAGUCUCUGGAUAAAUCUCGCCUGCAGAGCUGUAGCAUGUUCCCCUGUGUCACUCUUUAGAGGAGCAACUUUUCAAAACUGGCACUCAAGGUUGGCGUCUGUCCUUCUGACCACAGGCUGUGACGGGUCCUGCAAAGCAUUACAACAAAGUCAACUGCAAAUGCAAUUCUGCAUAACCAUGCUACUGUGUGAUAUAAUUGUAAAGUUAACGGCAUUCUUGUUUAAUUUCAUAACCUCCUUUCAAAAAUAAACCUUUUAAUUUACUA